UCCCACACAAAUCAUCUCUACAAUACAAGAACCAAUCCAGAAAGCCAUCAUGGUAGUAUCAUCUUUCCUUCCUCACUUUCUUUCUCUCCUUAUUCUCCUUCUCAGCAGUCCUUCUCCAACCUUUUCAAUUCGAGCGACAAGAAAUGACCAAAAUCUCUUGCCGUCUUCAACGUUAAACUUCCCCAAGAAACAGGCGGAAAAGUUGAUCAGGGAACUCAACUUGUUUCCUGAACACGACAUCAACAUUAACACCGGGAAUAACUCGGCCGCCGCCGCCACGAGUGUUGUUGAAAAGCGUUUAAACCUCCCCGUUCUCGGUGAUUCUGGGGCAACUGUUCAAGACUUGGGACACCAUGCUGGUUAUUUUCGGCUUCCCGACACUAAAGCUGCAAGGAUGUUCUACUUUUUCUUUGAAUCGCGGAAGGAUAAGACUGAUCCUGUGGUUAUUUGGUUGACGGGAGGACCAGGAUGUGGAUGUGAAUUAGCAUUGUUUUAUGAAAAUGGCCCUUUCAAGAUAGCAAACAACCUCUCCCUCGUCUGGAACAAUUUUGGUUGGGACAAGGUAUCAAACCUCAUAUAUGUCGACCAGCCAACUGGGACUGGUUUUAGUUACAGUUCAAGCGAGGAAGACGUUCGCCAUGAUGAAUUUGGUGUCAGCAAUGAUCUAUACAAUUUUUUGCAGGCCUUUUUCAAGCAGCAUCCUGAAUAUGCCAAGAACGACUUCUACAUAACGGGGGAAUCGUAUGCAGGGCAUUAUAUCCCUGCUCUUGCUUCCCGAGUCCUACAGGGAAACAAAAACAAAGAAGGAACUUAUAUAAACUUGAAGGGUUUGGCAAUUGGUAAUGGGCUUACCAAUCCAGGAAUCCAGUACAAAGCUUACCCCGAUUAUGCUUUGGAUAUGAAAGUAAUCUCUCAAUCAGAUUACAACACCUUGCAGAAGUCUGUGGCAGACUGUGAUAAGGCAUUAAAACCUUGUGGCACUAAUGGUGAAAAUUCUUGUGUGACUGCGUUUCAAGUUUGUGAAAGUAUCUUCAACGACAUACUAUCAAUUGCCUUUGGUUUAAAUUACUAUGAUAUCAGAAAAGAAUGUGAGGGCGAUCUAUGCUAUGAUUUCUCAAACGUGGAGCAUUUUUUGAGCCAGCAAUCAGUUAAAAGUGCUCUAGGAGUUGGAAACAUUGAAUUCGUUUCCUGCAGUACAACGGUGCAUCAGGAGAUGAUCACAGACAUCAUGAGAAAUCUUGAAGUUGGCGUUCCAGCAUUGCUGGAGGCUGGAAUCAACUUGCUCGUCUACGCCGGGGAGUAUGAUCUAAUAUGCAAUUGGCUUGGGAACUCCAGAUGGGUUGAGGCUAUGGAAUGGUCAGGACAGAAGAAUUACUCAGCAGCUCCUACUGUUCCAUUUACAGUAGACGGUUCGGAGGCAGGAUUGCAAAAAAAGUAUGGACCAUUGAUCUUUCUCAAAGUACACAAUGCUGGCCACUUGGUUCCCAUGGAUCAGCCAGAAGCGGCAUUGGAUAUGAUACAGAGGUGGCUACAAGGCAAACUCUGAAAGGUCCAGUGCUCAGUCUGGGCUCUCCAUCGAGACACUAGUUGAUGGAUUACCUGAAACACAAGCAGAAAUGCUUCAUCACAAUCUUUGUACUGAUAUAUUUAUGCAAUUGGGAAUGGAAGUCAAGCAGAUAUAAAAAUAGAUAUAAAGAUCA